CCUGCAUCAUCUUCAUCUCUCUACUGAAUAAUCUUCCUUCACCUGGUUUUGGGCAUCUGCAUUUUUGCUAUGAUUUCACACUACCUCUAGCGCCGUCUUCAUGUAAAUUUCUCAAACUAAGAAUGCCCAAAUUCCAUAAAUUAAUACACCCCAAGUUUUAGCUAGAAAAUAUGUAUUCCGCACCGUUGGGAACUUCUAAGCCAUUGAUUCAUUUUCCCACGGUAUUCCCCAGUCAAAGAACUCGAAAGAAUUUGUAUUUUUCCCUGAAACCCGCCAAAAGAGUGCAGCUUAAUUGCCACCCACGUGUUUUUAUACCGAAAGCUAGUUCCAAUUCGACCUCGUCGGCGAAUUCGGGUGCUGGAGAUGAGGAUUUUGUAGCCAGGGUUUUGAGGGAAAACCCCAGCCAAAUUGAACCCAAGUAUUUGAUUGGGGAUAAAUUGUACACGUUGAAAGAGAAGGAGAGCCUGAGUAAAAAGGGUUUCAAUGAGAGAGUUCAGGGGAUUAUGAAUAGGUUGAAUUUGAAGGCAUUGGUGGGUGGAAGUGUUAAGGAGAGUGGCGGUGAUGUGAAGCCGGAGACGGAGGUGUAUUUGAAGGAUUUGUUAAGGGAGUACAAAGGGAAGCUCUUUGUACCGGAGCAGGUUUUUGUGGGCAAUAUAUCUGAAGAAGACGAGUUCGAUAAGAAUGUGAAGGAGUUGCCCAAAAUGAGCUAUGAUGAUUUUAGGAAGUAUAUGAAUAGUGAUAAGGUGAAGUUGGUGAGUUUUAAGGAGGAUGGCGGGGUUCUAUAUGGUGACGCUCUUUACAGGGAUUUCGUUGUUGAUUUGAAAGAAAUUCCUGGAGAAACAAGCUUGCACCGAACUAAAUGGGCUAUGAGACUGGAUGAAGAACAAGUGCAAGAUCUUCUGGAGACAUAUGAUGGACCACGGAAAGAAGUAGAGAAGCAAACACUGGCCUGGGUUGGAAAGCUGCCAGAAUAUCCUCAUCCUAUAGCUUCAAAGAUUUCCAGCAGGGUGAUGGUUGAACUUGGGAUGCUGACUGCUGCAAUGGCUGCAGCUGCAGUUGUAGUCGGGGGAUUUUUGGCUUCUGCAGUAUUUGCUGCUACCACCUUUGUCUUUGGUGUAGCUGCAUAUGUCAUAUGGCCUCUGACCAAGCCAUUUCUCAAGCUAUUUUUAGGUCUUACAUUUGGGGUUCUAGAAAGAAUCUGGGAUAAUCUUGCUGAAUAUCUUGGAGAUGGAGCAGUUACAUCAAAACUAUAUGAGCUCUACACUUUUGGUGGGGUCUCUGCCAGUAUUGAGAUGCUAAAGCCAAUCAUGUUGGUCUUUGUGACAAUGGUGCUUCUUGUUCGUUUCACCCUAUCUAGAAGACCUAAGAAUUUCAGAAAAUGGGAUAUAUGGCAAGGCAUUGAAUUCUCUCAGUCAAAGCCACAAGCCCGUGUUGAUGGUUCCACCGGAGUCAUGUUUAAUGAUGUGGCAGGCAUUGAGGAAGCAGUGGAAGAGCUCCAGGAGUUGGUUAGAUACCUAAAGAAUCCUGAGCUAUUUGAUAAAAUGGGAAUAAAACCUCCUCAUGGAGUACUACUUGAGGGCCCUCCUGGAUGUGGCAAGACACUAGUUGCAAAAGCCAUAGCUGGUGAAGCCGGUGUUCCAUUUUAUCAAAUGGCUGGAUCGGAAUUUGUUGAAGUACUAGUUGGUGUUGGUUCUGCUCGUAUCAGGGACUUAUUUAAGAGAGCAAAGGUCAAUAAACCAUCGGUCAUUUUUAUUGACGAAAUUGAUGCACUGGCCACAAGGCGACAGGGAGCAUUCCAAGAAUCAUCAGAUGACAUGUACAAUGCAUUUACUCAAGAAAGGGAGACUACAUUGAACCAGCUCUUGAUAGAACUAGAUGGAUUUGAUACAGGCAAAGGUGUUAUAUUUUUGGGUGCCACCAACAGGAUGGAUUUGCUAGAUCCUGCCCUUCUUCGUCCUGGUCGCUUUGAUCGUAAGAUAAGAAUCCGUCCUCCAAAUGCAAAAGGGAGAUUGGAAAUUCUAAAAGUUCAUGCACGGAAAGUGAAACUAUCAAAUACUGUCGAUUUGUCGACCUAUGCAAACAACCUGCCAGGGUGGUCAGGUGCAAAGUUGGCACAACUUCUCCAAGAGGCUGCUCUUGUGGCAGUGAGGAAAAGUCAUACUGCUAUUCUUCAGUCAGAUAUGGAUGAUGCAGUUGACCGUCUCACGGUGGGUCCUAAGCGUGUCGGGAUAGACCUAGGUCAUCAAGGACAAUGUCGACGAGCUACUGUAGAAGUAGGGACUGCUUUGACUUCGCAUCUGCUAAGGCGUUGUGAGAAUGCAAAAGUUGAGCGUUGUGAUCGUGUAUCAAUUGAUCCUCGUGGACAGACACUGUCCCAAGUUAUAUUUCACCGUCUUGAUGAUGAGUCAUACAUAUUUGAGCGCUAUCCUCAGUUAUUACACCGCCUUCAGGUAUUACUAGGAGGGAGAGCUGCUGAAGAAGUAAUUUUUGGACGAGACACUUCUAAAGCAUCAGUCAGUUAUCUGGCUGAUGCAUCUUGGCUCGCUCGUAAGAUAAUCUCAAUAUGGAAUUUGGAGAACCCAAUGACAGUGCAUGGCGAACCGCCUCCAUGGAGAAAGAGAAGUAAAUUUGUUGGUCCAAGAAUCGACUUUGAGGGUUCUCUGUACGACGAUUAUGAUCUGAUCGAGCCUCCUGUCAACUUUAAAAUGGAUGACGACAUUGCAAGGAGGACGGAGAAGCUAAUGCAUGAUAUGUAUGGAAAGACUGUUUCAUUGCUUAAGAAGCACAAUGCUGCUUUACUCAAAACGGUUAAGGUCCUUGUUGAUCAGAGAGAGCUUACAGGGGAAGAGAUCGAUUUUAUUAUUGAGAAUUAUCCUCCGCAGACGCCUACGAGCCUCGUUUUGGAAGAAAGGGAACCAGGGAGCCUUCCAUUGUUCCAACAAGAUGUGGGUGAGACUGAAGAGUUGGAGUACACCAUGCUGAAUUCAUGACAAUUUGAUAGAUGCUCAUAUAAUGCCGAAAUUUUUGUUCAUUAGUUAGAUAGUUGAGAUGAGUAUGUUGUACCCAAGUUGAGAUUUCAUUUCAUUGUAAUUUUAACAUGAUAUUCAAAACAUUGUAGUCAUAUAUCACAACCACAUAUUGAUACGGA